AUGCAUUUCCCUUCUGUUACCCUCCUCGCUGGCAGCCUUUUGAUGUUCUCUGGCACCUCUCUCGGGGGCUCCAUCCUCGCCUUUGCCCCUAUUACUGCCCUCAGCGGCCAGUAUGCUCUCGAAGCCCGGCACAUCGGCGGGGCAUGCCCUGCUGCCUCUCAGACGUCCUGUUCCGACGGUAUUGGAUGCUGUCCAUCAGGUGCUGCAUGCACCUACUCUGGAGAGCUUCCCGUUUGUGAUGAGCUCUGUGGUGCUGGACCCAAAUGCUCCAACGGCGGUUGCUGCCAGGCCGGCUACUUCUGCGGCGUAACCAACAACUUUUGCACGCCUAGCCCUACGGGAAUUGCCAAAAUGCCUACCUUUUCAUGGCCCGUGGACGCGCCUUUUACUACCCCUACGGCUACCAUCAUCACCUCUUCGUCUGGCCCGGAAGACCCGAGCUCUCAGGAUAUCUCGUCUCCUGGCAGCACCGUUCGCCGCCCUACGGCUACCUCAACUUCGACUCAAUCCGCUCUCACUGGAGGAGGCCUAGGCACAUCUGGCUCUUCACACACCCCUUCGAACACCGCAGGUCGUUCCCGUACUUCGACUUCUACCAAGUCGACCACGACUCGGACCGGAGCAGCAGGCGGCGGAGCUGUUGCCAAAACCACAUCAAGCCGCCACUCACCCACUCCGAGCAGCACUGGAGCAGCCUCCUCGCUCGACCCAGUCUCCGGCCUUGCAGCUAUGGGGUUUGGGUGGAUUGCUGGAUUUUUAGCCAUUCUUUGA